GGAGUGCCGACUUGACAACAUCAUCAGCAGGGAAGAGCAAAACAAUCUUCUGACAGGACUGAAUUUUUGCGAUUCGCCUGAAUAUAAAAAUUAUUGCGAAAAAUGGACGAAGACUCGGAGAACCUUAUCAAUUUAAUCUUUCCUAAUGGUUUGCCAGCCCACCUACAAGAGAGUCCGGAAUUUCCUGCAUACCUAGCGAAAUUAGGGUCUUUAAAAAAGGAAGAAUUGAAUAGAGAACCAGAUAGACUAGCUGAAGACGAAGCUGCAGUCUUAGAACAAACACAGGAUUUAGCCUUUGCAAACUACAAAACAUUUAUUCAAACGGCAGAAUGCUCACGAGCAAUAUUUCAGCAGUUUAAAAAGUCAGAAAAUCAUUUGGAGGAUUUGCUGAGUCAAGUGCCUCAGUUUACUCAGCAGUGCCAGGACUUUAGCCGUUCUUCCUCUGUCAUCGAGUCCAAAAGAAGGUUGUGCUCCCUGACCCUGUCCCGUAGCACGCAGAUCCUUGAGCUUUUGGAAAUUCCCCAACUUAUGACCAUGUGCGUAAAUGGUGGCCACUACGAAGAGGCUCUCCAGUUGUCUGCUUUUGUCCGAAGACUAGAAAGAAGAUACAGCGAUAUUCUGGCAAUCGCGAGCAUUGUGAAGGACACGCAAGCCGCGUGGCAAGUGAUGUUGCACCAGCUAUUGUCCCAGUUGCGCUCAGAUUUGCCGUUGCCCAAGUGCCUGUUGGUCGUUGGCUUGCUCAGGCGCAUGGAGGUGUUUUCGGAGGCAGAGAUGCGGCUCAAGUUCCUGCAGGCAAGAGACUCGUGGUUGGUCUCGCAGCUCGACAGCAUUCCUAAAGGCAGAGACCACUUGUCCAGGACAAUCGAACUGUCCAGGCAGCACCUCUUUGCCAUCUCCACUCAGUACAAGGCCGCUUUUAGUGACGACCCCACUAGAGCCACCAACAAUGAAGGAGCCAUUUUCCAUGGCUGGCUCAACCAAAAGAUAUCUCAAUUUGUAGCUACCUUGGAAGUGGACUUGAUUCAAAUCGAUGAAACUGAGUCUCUGGACUCGAUAUUUAGUCAGUGCAUGUAUUUUGGUCUUUCCCUGGCGAGAGUCGGAGCUGAUUUUCGAGGAAUUAUGGCUCCUGUCUUCACCAGAACGAUCAAGCACAAUUUUGAAAGCACCAUUAAGAAAGCAACUAAAGAAUUUGAAAAUCAGAUUGAAAAGAUGAACUUUGACAAAUUCACCAGCAACUCACACCCGCCAGCAUCCCCGAACUCAAUGCAUCCGCCAGUCAGCCUACUCCAGUUCAGCCCGUUGGCUCUUUUCUGCAACGCCAUUCUUGGCGCCUUUAACACCUUGCGGCUGAGCGCACCGUUUGCUCUGGCAGGUCCGAUCACAGCCCUUCUGCAGAACUCCCUCACGUGCGCCUCCAAGGCUAUUCUCACUAGGUACCGCCAAGAGGAGUUGGCUUUCUCCAGCUCUGAGCAGCAGGGGGUGCAGCGGCUGUGCACCUGUUUCGCCGACGAUUUCGUGCCUCACAUUCAAAAAUGUCUGCUCGGACUGUACCCUGUGAAUGUGUUGGCCUCCCACUUAGGCCUCUCCCCACAGCAAAUCCAGAAGGAUGGCAUUGGUUUACUCAACAAGGCUGAAAUCGUAGAGCCCAUUAAGCAUUUGCUUCCUGUGAACAUCGAGCCUUUGAGCUUAGUGCAGCCUGUAAAAUUGUUGAAGGAGAACGGUGAGAAGACAAACGGAAAUGCGCUGAGUAUUUUGGAUGAAGAUAACACGGAUGCAAUAAAUAAUAGCACCGAAGUGACUGAUGUUCCGCUAGUGCCUGAAAAAAUAGUCGAGUCAGCUGGAGAAGAUCAGUUGACCACCUCCACCGAGUCAUUUGACAUGUGUAACGUCAAAGUGGAGGAUACAAAGUUAAGUGAGAGCGUUGAAGUUAAGGCAGAAGAGCACACAGAAGACUUGCUGCAAUGAGUUAUUGUUUUAAUGUUGACUACACUUCCAGAGAUUUAUAAAUAAAAUGAUUUUGAAAUGAAAAA